AUCCGGUAACACGGAAGCGCCCGAUCAUGUCUCGCUGUCGUCUUACUUAAUUUGGAAGUAAUUGGCUUCAAACAACCAGUGAGAGCAAACACGCAGCUGGCGUGUUAACUUCCACUGAGAUUGUUUUCUCUCACUAUUUUCACUCUUAAAAAUAAUAAUUCCAAUAUGAUAUAAAUUUUGCUCGAUCGGUUUUCUUUCUUUCCCAGCUCAGCCAGUCCCAAUCAAUGCGUCAAAGAUGAGUGACACUUUAGCCCCCAGUGAGCCAUCACUAGGGGUAUGGCUUAGACCUUUCCCGGUCUUAUUCCUCGCUGCAUAUCUAUUCACCAGGUUCUCAUCCAUGCGAGGCUUAGUCCUCGGCACAUUCAUUCCGCUCGCAUGCAUUACUCCUUUGGCGCUUUCAUGGCUGUUGGUCGUUACUGAACACGUGCCGGCGCCGUACCUGGACGAGGUCUUUCAUAUCCCCCAGGCCCAAGUCUACUGCCAGGGGAGAUAUCUCGAAUGGGAUGAUAAAAUCACAACACCCCCUGGAUUGUAUAUCUCAACAAUCGUCUUCAACAAAAUUCUACGCCUUCCAUGCACCAUUUACAACCUUCGAGGCUUCAAUGUUCUUGUCGUCUCGUUGAUUACGGUUCUCGUCCUCAUUUGCAGAGCGCGCUUAGUUCACAUCCCAGGGAAACCAGGCGCAGAUCGCGAGAUUACAAUUCGCGAAAUAGCGACGGGGAUCAAUAUCGGCCUCUUCCCAGUCCUUUUCUUCUUUUCGGGGUUGUAUUACACAGAUCCCUCAUCUACGCUUAUAGUAUUACUCGCAUAUGCGAAUCAUCUCACAAGAGUAGGCGCGAAACCGCCUUCAUUCCUGAACGAUGUGUACACUCUCGCUCUUGGCAUUGUCACAUUAGCCUUCCGACAGACCAACAUAUUCUGGGUUGUGGUCUAUAUGGGUGGAUUGGAAGUUGUCUAUGCGAUCAAGACCUUGAAACCAGCGCCUGUGGAAACACCGAAAUUCCAAACAUUGUCCGAUCAAAUCGGAUUCUAUGCAUGGAGAUACUCUCUUGGAGACGUGCACGAUGUUUCGCUAAGUCUUGCGCAGCCUAUCGAUAUUGUCCUUUGUGCAUUGAGCAUUGGAGUUGCCGCGACGUGUAAUCUUCCGACAGUGCUGCGUAGAUUUCUGUGGCCACAUGGGGUGAUCCUCGGGGCAUUCGUUGGUUUCGUCGCCUGGAAUGGCGGAGUAGUAUUAGGCGAUAAAUCCAACCACGUUGCCACUCUGCAUCUCGCGCAACUGCUCUAUAUUUGGCCUUUCUUCACGUUCUUCUCUGCGCCCCUUUUCAUUCCCCAGCUCCUAAACUCGGUAAUCACGACAUACCAAACGAUAACUUCUGAGAUCCGCCAGAAGUCCCUUUCAGGACUCCUCAGCCGCAUAUUAUCAGUCCGCCUCGUAAUCACAGUCGUGCUCAGCUGCGGUGCUCUAGUAGUGGCACUGCUCAUAGUGCGAUUCAACACAAUCAUCCAUCCUUUCACGCUAGCCGACAACAGACAUUACGUAUUCUACGUCUUCCGAUACAGCAUAUUAAGAGCAUGGUGGAUCCGCUAUGCCCUCGCGCCCGUUUACAUCGUCUGUGCCUGGCUAUGCUGGGCUGUCUUGCAAGGACCCCAGGUGCCUCUGCCCUCUCAGCAGGAUCGGAUUCAGUCGCCAUUUAUGUCGACUCAAAAGCCGCGUUCUCCUCAUUCGAAAGCAGCCCAAGACCAGAGCGUAGAUGAAGUCGACGCCGAAGCGGCAUCACCACCCACCUCCACCGUCCUAAUGCUCCUCGUUACCACCGCACUCUCCCUCAUGACAGCACCGCUCGUCGAACCACGCUACUUCAUCUUGCCAUGGGUCUUCUGGCGCCUGCUCAUCCCCACGACUUCAAUGCCCUCUCUAUCUUCCCCAUCCCAGCCGGGUAGACGCACAAAGGCGCCUAAACAAUCUCCAUCGCGCCGCAGUCAUGAGGCCUCUAUAUUAUUGUUGGAGACAGCUUGGUUCGUGCUGAUCAACGCAGCCACCGUGGACAUAUUCAUAACGCGACCGUUCUACUGGCGCGCGCCGGAUGGCACGCUGCAGGACGAAGGGCGCGUGCAGCGAUUCAUGUGGUGAGUAGAGGAAUCAAAUCAGGGGAUACAGCCGGAAAAUACCACCUGGAGUGAACUACUGCUGCUUUCUCUAGUAUAAGCAUUAUGUAGUCAAUCUUCAAAUGUGGGUUUCUUCAAUUAUGGUGAUAGAUAAAAGGGGUAACUAUAACGAACGACAUAGCUUAUGUCACUAAUUCAUAGCUGGGAGAGUCAAUAAUUACAUGAUUAUCACCCAAAUCCAUAGCAAAGUUGCAUUAAUACAAGGCAUAUUGAUUCAAAGGCUGACAUUUCAACGCCCGAGUGAUUUGGGUUUACGUAUAUGUAGAUGAUAUGUUCACAAGUUGACAUAUUUGGAAGGAAGCGGGACAGUGUCCGUUACGCAGCCCCGCCCACUUUUCACGACCAAGC